CUAGUACGCUCAUUUUGUAUCGCGUUUAAACGCUCAAAACAUAUAUUUUUUGUCAUAUUUAAGAAAACUAUCGCAUCCCUAGAAGGAUUAUCGAAUCGUGCUUCGUUUUGGUUUGUUGUUUCGAGUCGAGAUUCGGACAUCGCUGAUGUUUCAUCGUCCAUGUCCUCCCCGUAGGCUGCGCUGCGGAGUGAUAUCACUUCACUUCACUGGAAACCGACAAUGUGGAGGCUGUUAAAAUGUCUACUUGGAAAAUGAAAUUGUUACAUUUUCUCUCACAAUAAGAAAAACGGAGCAGCUUCAGCGUUAUGGUUAGAAACGUGUUUUCAGUUUCGUGACGAAAACAAGUAAUCAAUCGAGACGACGGAGGAUAUUCUUCAUAUUCUUCAUAUUGUGUUUUCCUCGUUUUCAUCAAAGCCCACAGUCCGGACCAACGGGGGGAAGGAUCCGAUCCCCAACUUUGUUUUUCUCUCUACUGCGGCCGUGGAUUCCUCCCUGUUGGAUGCCAUAUAACUGAACCCAGUCGCUUGCUGAGACUGAAAGGGCCACGUUAACAGCAGCAGAGAAUGGCUGCAGUGGAAACCGACAAGGAGCUCAACGACUUGCUGGAUUUUAGCGCGAUGUUUGAGCCUCCAGUUACAAACGGCAAAAACCGUCCGACUACUCUCGCCAGCAGUCAAUUUGGAGGUUCAGGUAUGGACGACAGGACUGGGUCUAGUGCCUGGGGGCCAGGAGAACAGAACACUCCAUCUUUCAACCAGGGAAGGGGUUAUGCAGAACAAGGCAUUUACAAUGAGCAAGAGGGUAUUGCCCCUGCCCCCAUGUAUGGAUCAGGGAUUGUUGGGAAGGCUGAGCGAGGACAAUACUCCUCAUUUGCAACACAGCCGGGCUUUAUGCCCAGUGAGAUGCCCAUGCCCAGUCCCGAUGCCCUCUCCCCGUCUGGCCUGAAGUCCAACUCCCAGUUUUAUUCCUCAUAUGAGGGAAGCAACGCUCGCAGGAGACCCUCACAGGAGCCCAUUGGACCACAGCCAAAAAAGAUCAGGAAGGUGCCCCCUGGCCUGCCCUCCUCGGUUUAUGCAUCUGCCUCAGGAGAGGAUUUUAACAGGGACAAUGCUGGCUACCCGGUCUCCAAGGCAGGAAACGUCUUCCCACCACCAUUCUAUGUGCAAGAAGGCCUCCACCCGCCCUCUGAUCCAUGGGGCUCUGCCAGGUCGAUGGUUCAGCCUGGUUAUUCUGCCAUGCUGGGCAACUCCCCCCAUCUGAGCCAGCAUGCUCCCUUCACUGCCAUCAACCCCCAAGACAGAGUGAAACGGCAGCCACUGCCCCUCUCUCCCCAGAACUACCCCAUGCAUGGCAGUGAGGUGAACGGGAAUCAUCCCUCUGGCUUCCACUCUGGCCCCCACUCUGGCCCCCACUCUGGCCCCCACUCUGGCCCCCACUCUGGCCCCCACUCUGGACCCCACUCUGGACCCCACUCUGGCCCCCACUCUGGCCCCAACAGCUUCGGAGUCCCAAGCCACACACCCCCUAUGGCUGACACUAUUAUGGCCAAUCGAGGAGCAGUACCUGGAAGUUCAGGUGAUGAGAUUGGAAAAGCCCUGGCAUCUAUCUAUCCUUCAGACCCACACAGUAACACCUUCCCUCCGUCUCCAUCUACUCCCUCUGGCUCUCCCCAGGCUGUAUCAGGCUCUGCAUCACAGUGGACUCGGUCCUCUGGCCAGGCCACACCUUCACCCAGCUUUGAGGGUGGAAUUCAGUCCAUGCCGAGUAAAAUGGAGGACCGUCUGGACGAAGCCCUCAAUGUUCUACAGCGUCAUGCCAGCGGACAAGGAGUGCCAGGCCUGGCAGAGAUGCACAAUCUGCUCUCGUCUGGCUUAGGGUUACCUCCAGCCUUCACCAGUGCAGCACUUGGAUUGGCCAGUCGCCUGCCUGGACUGAUGUCUGGUCACCAUGAGGAUUCUGCUGGUCUGCCCUCUAGUGGAGGACUUAUGCAUGGUCACCACGGCCCCACAUCUGUGCAGCCAGGCUCUCAGCCUGAAGGUUUUACCGGCCUGUCUGGUAGCCUGAAGCGCUCCAGUGGUUCUGAUAUCAAACGAGAAGACAAGGAGGACGACGAAAAUUGCUCCAUCACCGACAGGUCAGAGGAUGAGAAAAAAGACAUGAAGGCCCGUCUUGGAACAAGUGUUGCUUCGGUGACCGAUGAGAACCUGACUGCCGAGGAGAAGGAGCAGAGGGAGCGUGAGCGCCGCCAUGCUAACAACACUAGGGAGAGGGUGCGCGUGCGUGACAUUAACGAAGCCUUCAGAGAGCUGGGCAGGAUGUGUCAGGUCCACCUGCAGAGUGACAAGGCCCAGACCAAGCUUAUCAUCCUGCAACAGGCUGUCCAGGUCAUAAUGGGCCUGGAGAAGCAGGUGCGAGAGCGUAAUUUGAACCCAAAGGCUGCCUGCCUCAAGAGGAGAGAGGAGGAGAAAGUUUCAGGCGUUGACCCCCAGAUGCAGCUUGGUGGGGGUCACCCUGGUCUUGGAGGAGAUGGACAUAUGUGAUUCUCAGUUCCUGUUGAUUGUACAGCCCUUAGAACACGUGGCCUUAAUCUAUCAUUGUCAUGCAUCUCAGUGUGUGUUAAUCAACUUUUGGAAAGCACACACGCACACACCUCAUUACUGACAAAGCAGGUGGCCACAUUCCUGACUAUGAAUACAAAAGUAACAAGCACACUCUUACAGGGAGAGGGGAAAUGUAUUAAUCUUAACAAGACAACACUUUGAACCGAGGACACCGGUUUGGAGACAGUGGAAAUUGGACAUAAGGACAUUCUUAUGAUCAUGUUUUUGUAAGACAUUUUGAAAAAUUGCUUUACGUGUUGGGAGCAAAACUUGUUUGGAUCAAAUGAAACCUUUUGGAUCAACUGCUUGUGUAAGCAGAGUUAGGAUUUGUAUUGUUGGAUGAUUAUUGGCAUUCCCAUCUGAAAAGCAGGUCUUACAUUCUUCACAGGCAAAGAGGGACACCCGGGUUUAUAUCUUAUGAUUGAACAAAACCUGUUCAAACAUGUGCCCAAAUGAGGCCUAAUGCAUAGUGUUUCAUUAAGAUGAAAUAGCCAUCAUUAUUAUCUUCUUACGUAAUGACUGAAUUACAGAGGUAGGUUUGGAGACAUCCAGCAACUAACUGGGCAAUCAGAGCUGACUCCUUUCUUUGUGGUAUGCUGGUAUUGCUGGCUGUAUUUUUUUAUUUUUAUUUCUUGCUUUGGCUGAAAAGAGCCACAGUCACUGACCCAUAUGUGGUGGGUUAUUUUUUUUUGUUCAUUUUUAACUGUGGAGACUGCCGGAGAGAGACCCUCCACUGACACAAACGGGAGAAAAGACUCAAUCCAAAUCCAGGAACCACAGUGACGUUGAAUCAAAUGUGCACAUGCACAUCUCAACAGGUUGGACUCGAGCAUAUAGAUGUCAUCCUCACUGCCCAGCAUCAUGAAGUGGGUCACUCUCAGCCCUGUGGUCAGCCAGUGUCACAUCAGCCUGCCCCUGUCGAAUCAUACCUAAAGACUCUGUUACAGCAUGGGAAACUUAUAAACUUAAUUCUCCGAGCAAUUUGUAUUACGGUAAUCACAUUUUGCUAGAAGACAGAAAUAAUUGAGUAUUGAAAGGGAUCAUGAGUGUUCCUGCGACCCUGUAGAGAAUUUACUCGCCAUUUGACUGACUUGUUUUGGUUGUUGCUGUGUGUUGAGCAUUUGGUGUUUUUCGUUUUUCCCCCCCCUUUUGAACAAUUGCAAAGCCUGUUGUAAGGAUCUUCCUUUUGUAGAAUUGAUUUAUCAUUGUUUUUUAUUGUUUUUUUUACUUUGUAAGAUAGUUGUAUCAGUUUUGUUUUUAUCGUUUGGAAUGCUCUUUCUUUUUUUGUUUACGUUGCUAAAUGUAAGACGACUCUCAAUUUAGAUUCCAGGAACAAAGUGAGGUGUUUUCUUUUGUGCCAGGUGCUUAGAAAUGUUAGAAAUGACAAACUUAUCUGGCUGUAACAUCACAUGUUGUGAUAUUGCUUUCUUUUUUUUAAAUUGCAUGUUUGAACACGAAGUCAUGCCAGUUGUAAUUGGAUUGUUCUGGUGUUUGCGACAGUUUUUCUUAAAUGAAACACAAUAUUUUUCUUCAGCACGCCCCCUCUGCUCUCCUUGAUGUCCAUCUCUCUGAUGAGCUUGUUGAUUAGUUUGAGAAAGGGGCAGGAGGGGAGGUCUGCACAAUCUGCAACACAAUUCACUGUUUCAUUAUGAUAUGAAGCAUAAAAAUGAAUCAAAAAGGGUGGCCUUAGUCAUUUUCCUGACUUUGGGAGUUUUGAUAAUGGUUACUCACCAGUGCCUGAAUACUUCUCUGCUACAUGGUGGAUGAUGUUGCAUUCGAUGAUUUAUAGGUUGUACCUUUUUAUAAUACAGAUGUAUAAAACAUAUAUACUUCAGUAACAUCUGACAGUGUCUACAUCUAAAUGAAGAAUCACACUCACUGACGCUGACUGCCUCAGUGUCUGUGUCAUUAAAUGUAAGACGACGAAUAACCUGGUCUUCAACUUUGACGCUGAAAACUACUUAAUAUGUUUCAUCUUUUAUGUACUGAUUUUGUUAAGUAUAAUUUUGUCCCUGACUGGCAUGUGCAUUGAUAUGUAUGUACAGCUGUGAUGUAUCAGCUUUAUCAUUAUAAGCUGAUACUGAUAUGUAACAGUAUUUGGUUUUCUACCUGUCAUUUUAUCCCAAAUCUUGCCCCACGGACUAGCCCCAAACAUUAUUUUCUUUGUCAAGUCACUCUAACCUUUCUGCAGAAAAACGUGGUGUUGUGAUAUGAAAAAUCUCUACUAAAGACUUUUAUUUCUUUACAUGAAAGAUAUGUCUGUGGUAUCCAAGGAUCAAAAAUGCACCUGAUAUUCUUUGUUAACAGACCCUUUUUUUGUCCUCUACAACAGAUGACCUGCUACAAAUCUCUCUGUCUUCACUCAUGUUUGGGGACAACAUCUAUGUAGGCUAUGUCCUCAAAGUGCCUCCAGUUUCCUAUUUUUUAUAUAUAAAGUAGAUAUAGAGAACUGUUGUGUAUAUAACAGUAAUGUAGCAAUAAAUGUGCCAUUUUUAAUAACAAACACCACUUGUAUCCAAUGUCUUUUUUUUUU